AUGUGGAAUGUUUUAAAAGAUCUAACUGAUAUUUAUCGAACCAUUCUUACUUUACCAAUGUUGAAAUUUUUCAAGUUCUCAAUAGGUGGUCCAAAUUUAUCAAUCUCAUUACCUAUGAUUACCAAUAAACAAUUCAGUACUAUCGAAUAUCUUCUUCUCGAUCAUGAUUGUACGCGCAAUGAACUUUCUAAUAUAAUUUCUUAUACACCUAAACUUCGUCAUCUAUAUUUUAUGCAUGCAGAAGAUGAUAAUUCAAAUAUUGAAAACAUAUUACCAAUGACAUUAACACAUUUGACUGUAUGUUUAUAUGAUGUAACAUUUGAUGAAUUUGAAAUGUUCAUUACCAAAAUAUAUUCCAAAUUAAAAGUCUUAUAUAUUAGUAUUAAAUCUGAAGAUAUCGUUUAUUUUAAUGCUGCUCGAUGGGAACAAUUUAUUUUACAAUAUUUGCCUCAAUUAGAAAAAUUUAAUUUCAUAUAUUCUGAACAUAUUAAUUUUGAAAAUGAAUCUCCAUCAUAUUUUGACGAAUCAAAUCAAUUUACUUCGUCAUUUUGGAUUGAACGAAGAUGGUUAUUUGAAGCAGAAAUUGAUGUUGAAGAAAUCAUAUAUUCAGUUCGUCCAUACAGAAAACGAUGGUAUGAAUAUGAUACACAACAUAAAAAUGUUAAUUCUACUCAAUAUUCUAAAUCUAAUCGAUUAACUCUUACAUUUGUUCCUUCUGAUGAAUGUCUUGAAUUGUUCAUUGUUGAUAUCAAUCGUGUUUUAUCUCUAGUACAAAUUUAUUAUCUUGAAAUUCCAAAGGAAAAGAUUUUUAUUGGUAUAUUACUUCAAAUUAUUGAUUUAUUACCUGAACUCAAUUCAUUAAAACUUCAUUCUUUAUCAUUAUCAGAACCAAGAGUUUUAUGUGAAGAAGAAGUUGAUAUUUUAACUUCAACAGAAGAUACAAGACGUAUAAAUAAUAUGAAUGUAGAAUUAUUUGUACAAAAUAUUUUGGAGAAAAUUAAUGCUGAACAUAAUGAUCAUCUUCGUUUACUAUGUUUUCAUAUUCCAACGGCAGAUGAUGAAAUGAUUAAAAAAUUACACAAAAUGAUUGAUGUUAAAAAACUGCUUUCUGAUUAUACAAUUAAACGCGUACAGAAAAAUAUCUAUUUGCAAUGGAAAUUAUUUCAAUGA